GUUUCAAUUAAUUUCCAUAAAUAUACCUACAAGCCUUGAUUCUAAUUUCAAUCUUUUAACAUAUUUUAUCUAUUUAUCUAAGCGAUGAAACUAGAAGUUAAGUUAAAUUUGGAAUAAAAAACCCUAGACGCGCCUCCGUUGAUCAGUUCGUGAGUGACUUCGGCAGUGCCGGGAUUUUUAAUUUACUGUCAUUUUGAAAUAAUUUUUAAUCAACUUUUACAAUGCUUUACAACAAUUAUACCUUAAAACUGAAAUUAUAAUAUAAUGUAGUUAGUCGUAUCGUUUAAGUAUUAAAAUAAACCGGAUCGUGUCGAUUCUAACCUAAUUUUUGCUGUUACAACCUAAACUCUAGUCAAAUAAAUGUUUUAAAAUGUCUUUAAUAACACAUUUGGGACCUGUGAGUGCGCAUCUAAACAAAUUGAAACUAAUUAUACCCAAACAGUUUACCCUGUCCACCACACAAAAGGUCAUAGUUGUCUCCGUUACCGCGAGCAUUGCUGUGGUUGGUGUUCUAGCACGAUAUUUAAGAAGAAAGAAGCGGACGGUAGAUUUAUCUGCAUUCAAACGAUCUUAUCCUAAACGUUCAAGAAUUUCAGGAAUGAGGAGUCCUAAUGGAGAUGUAAUAAGUCAAGCGAGUAGUGGACGACGAAGUGCAGCUUACAGCAAUGUCUACGGAGACAGACUUACAAGACAGGGAUCGACCAUCAACAGUGAAAGGGGUUCCGUGGCCUCCGGGAGUCUCACUAGUGGCGGUUUAGUGGCUCCCGACCAGACCAACACGUCGCAAUUAACACCGCAACAGAUCGGCGUCAUGGCAAUGGAGGCUUUAGAAACAUGCAUAAACUAUUGGGAAGACGCCUUAGCCUUGUAUAGAUCCAGGGAUGGAGGAGGUGCUAUGGCGGUUUUGGGUCCUGAAGAAGCGAAUUUUUGCAAGGAUCUUCAACAUUUAUUAGACGUUGCUAUAGAACUGCAAGAUAAAGCAGAAAUGUUAUUCCUGGACCAAAGGUCGGUGUUGUUUAGGCCUGAAAGUGGGACACACCUUUCGGAAAAUGGGAUUGACGCGGAUUUAUCCGGAGGAGAGAGUUUUGCCUCAGCACAGGAUGUUGUGGCCGAUUUGAGGGAAUUCGAGGAGUUUUCUGACUACUUCCCCGACUUGGAACAAUUCCCCUUGUACCAAGCGGCGCUGCGCCACCUUGAAAACGGGGGCAUCCCCUGUAGGACCCUCCGCACCGAGCUGGUGAAAUGCGGCUCCGACGGCGAAUACCUGGCAAAAUUGCACUGUCUUCGUCUCGCUUUCCAAUACAUCUUGCGUGACAGAUUGAAUUACGUUUGGUUCGCCGACGCCGGUCGCCAAAUCCUCGCCGAUCUCCUCCUCUACGCCGACCGAGACCCCAAAGACUUCCUCAUCGGCUACGAAGAGAUGCUCAAGUACAUCCAAGAUCCGAACAACUGGCGCGAACUGGAAGAAGAGCUAAGCAUGAAAGGGGUGAAAGCUUUGACGUUCUACGACGUGGUUAUGGACUACAUCCUCAUGGACGCUUUCGAGGACUUGGACUCGCCGCCGUCGUCGGUGACGGCGGUGGUGCAGAAUCGGUGGUUGUCGAAUGGUUUCAAGGAGACGGCGUUGACCACUGCCGUGUGGUCGGUGCUGAAGGCCAAAAGGAGGAUGUUGAAGUUUCCGACAGGGUUUAUGGCGCACUUUUAUUCGAUUUCUGAGCAGCUUUCGCCGCUUUUAGCAUGGGGUUUUUUGGGGCCCGACGAACUACUCAGGGAUACUUGUGUUUAUUUCAAGGACCAAGUUAUGGGCUUUCUUGUCGAUAUCUUUAAUUUUCAAACGUGUAGGUAUACGAACGUGGAGGAAUUAGCAACAGAUGUUAUACAAAAUCUCAAAGUUAGAAUUGAAAAUAUUAGUCAGAGAUUAAGUGCCCAGUCAUAGUUUUUAUAUCUGAACGAGUUUUAGAAUUAUACUCGAACAAAUCGGUUUCUCAAACCACAGAAUGAUGUGCAGUAGACUUGAGUCCAGUUAUGUAAGUUUAAAGAGAGAACAUUAGGUGUACAUUCCUAACAAUGUAAUUUGGAGUUUAGCUAUUGUAACUGAAAAUCCUGAAAUACUGUUACACGUUAGACGUUAAUUAAGAACAUUUUCAUGUCCAAACUAUAUUCUUGAAACUAUUCCUUUCGUGAAUAAAUGGAGAAAUAUAUA